AUGUGGUGCAGCCUGUGCCGUCUCCCCUUCACACCUAGUCCUAUCUCGGUGUAUCCCCAUCCACCUCCGCCAGGUAUUCUGAACGAGAAGUUGUACAACUACUUCCGAUGGGGCGUGGCCAUGGGGAGCUGGGUGCCCGGCGCAGUUACCACUUUAGAGUGGCUCGAUAACAAUUCGUUCGGCAAUAUGCCUUCCAUCCCGAUGGUGUUCAACGUCCGAUGGGAGUCACCGAGCGGAACUAUCUUGGUGUGCCACACUGUUUGCGCCACAAUCGUCCGGGCGACGUUCGACGCCCAAGAUGACUCCCUUCAAGCGUACACGGACCUCUGCCAGAUUGAGAAGGUUCUCGGUCGCCCUAUGAUGGGAGCUCAAGGUGGUCGUUUAUCUGGCGUCGAUUAUGAGGGCGUCGGGCACAAAGUCGACCUUCGCCCAUUCUGGGCGCUCAAUAACAAAGAGCGUAUUGAGUUCAACUGGCACGCCUUCAUGUCCAACAACCUUGGGUGGAUGCUGAACCGACCAGAUGUGUUCCCGAGGUUCGGACCCACAGUUACCGCAGAACGCCUCAACUUCGAGCCUUCGCCCACUGCUACGAGCGAUAUCUUGACUAUUGAACUCGUGGACAUCUUGCACGUCUUGUUUUCCUACCUUUCAGAUGCCUCCUUUGUGCUCUUUCUGUCCACCUGUCGUUCGCUGCGGCGUCAUGCUCUAACUACUUUCUAG